UAAAACAAUAGAUAAUUUAUCUUAUUACUCAAAAUAUGUUUCAGACCAGAUAAAGGAUAAAAUGGAAGUAACGACACCUCCGAGUCCACCUGAAUGUGUACAGGACAGUACACUCACAGAAAAGGUUGAGAGGUAUUGGGACUUGCGCAAGGGACAUCAGCUACAUCACAUUGUAUCACACAUCAACGGAACGCCGUUAAUGUAUUACGACAUCAAGCUGCUUGACCAAGCGCCUUCCGACUAUGAAAAAACAUUGCUUGAACAAUACGCAACCAAACAUGGAGAAACGUAUAACGAAGGAUGGCUAAAUGAUAAGAUAAUAAACAAUUUUCUAAUCGACGUACAAAGAAAAUCUCAGGUAGGGGAAAGUAAACUAUUGUCUAUACUGAAACUAGAAUAACAACUGCAGAUAGUGUUCUUAACAGUUUAUUAUAUGAACAAGGGUAGUUUACUGGGAACUAAAACACUAGUGGAACGCUCAUACGCCACUACAUCAGGGACCAGGUGCGCGUAUUUUUCGUA